GUGCUAGAAGGUUUUUGCGAGCUUCGAAUUUCGAAUCGAUUUCGCGACGUCUUCGCAGAGCUGGUGUCGCAUCGCAUCAAGCCGUGGUGGGGGAGAAGUAGCGAUGGCGUGCGAUGAUUGUGCGUGUGGCAACGUUGCCAAGGAAUUAGACCAAGCGACGCUGCGAACGGAUUGCUUGGACGACGAGGAAACGCUCCGAUUGAAGGCCCUCAAGGCCACCGGUGGGGAAUUGAUCCAAGGCGAUGGUGUCAAAGGGAUUCGCGUUGGUGGGUGGUUCAUUCAGUCGCGGAAGGGCCCGAUUCUGAAAAUGGGGCCCCGUGAGAAGUGGGAGAAAAUGCUGGGAACAAUUCACUUACCUCAGAUGGUAUUUGGUGACAAUUCUUUGGAACUUGUCCAUGAAACCUCGGGAGUCAAGAUCCAUUUUAAUGCACUGGAUGCACUUCGAGGGUGGCGCCAAGAAAGCCUACCUCCCGUGAAGAUUCCUGCUGCGGCUAAGUGGAAGCUCCGCACAAAACCAGAUGAGCAAAUCAUAUUAAAUUAUGAUUACACAUACACAACACCUUAUGCUGGAAGUCAGUUUGUUCAAGAGAAACAGGGCGAUGUAAAUACAGCAGUUGAGUGGGUGGAAAGCCAAGAACGCAUUGAUAUGGCUGCCCUACAAGCCAGGGAUCCAAUUCUGUUCUUCGAAGAGGUGGUGUUGUAUGAGGACGAGUUGGAUGAUAAUGGAAUAUCGCUUCUGACUGCUAAAGUGAGAGUAAUGCCUAGCUGCUGGUUCCUCCUGCUGCGCUUUUGGAUGCGGGUUGACGGAGCUCUCAUUAGACUGAGAGACACGCGUAUGUAUUGUCGAAUCCAAAGGGAUUCUACCGCACUCCCCGUGGUCAUAAGGGAGCGCAACAUCAAAGAGGAUACUUUUGAUGCCUUGGUUUCGAAAGGUUAUCCACGUGAUUCAGCUAUGUAUAAUGACCCAACUGUAGCAAGCGAGAGGCUCACACAGAUAUACCAUAGUUGUGAGAAAUUGACGCUGAAGUCCAAUACUGAAUAACUCCUGCCGCACCUUGUGGAGUCCAGAUCUGACAGUUCGUCGUGCAAUUGAAUGGUCUGGUUCCACACUUGAAAACCUGAGGUAGUGCAUUUGAACUUAAGGCUCAGCUUCACUGUUAAUAUUGUUCUUUGUAUGGCGAAUCACAUGACCUUUUUACAGAUUUUCAUUCAGUUUAGAGUAUAAUCAUGCCUCUAUUAUUUCAAUUGUCUAGCUGUAGUAAGUUUACCAUCAUUUUAGCUCUCUUUAUAUCUGCAUCAUCAUGACUGGCUGCCUCAGAUCAGGAAACUGGGGUUAGUUAGCAAUGUCCAGGUGAUUUGCUUAUUAUUGCUGUUGGUAGUGAAGACGAGAUUGGGUCUCAGCUGGUGUGAUUGGGAGGAUUCACUUAGCACAUCAACCUUGUGCACGGUUCCAUCAACACAGUAGUCACUGUAGUCAGUCAGUUACAGUACUUCCAAGAACAGUUCAAAAGAUUAUUAGUUUCAGCGUUUGUGCUUUGUGAUGAGAACCAAACUCCUCGGUUUAUACAUUGAAAGUGGCGUGAUCAUGCCCCAGGAAACAGUGCAUAUAAUUUUUGUAACUAAAUUUGUUCAAAGAUUAGUGUCAUGUAUUGUACAGAAAGGUUGCUUCUUUCUAACAUUCAGUCCAUGAAUUUCACUAGCAAAAA